AUGCAACGGCUGCAGUCGCGACUACCCAGCCUUAUAAUCUUCUGUUUUGGCUUAUACAAAACCACUGAAACUCUACUUCAGACAUCUGUGCGUCUGCAGGUUUAUCAUCUUGUCUGCAAAUGGCUCACGAACAGCACUAUCCGCGAGUACUUGUGCAGUCCAAUGGCAAACUACAAGGGUUGGACGAAUAUCUCGGACACCCCGGCUGCCAUACUCGGCUUGGUCGAAUUGGACAAUAGAAUCCAACGCACUUCUGUACCCUAUAUUGUAACUUAUCGCGUGUUACUUAACCUACCGGCUAUGGUUACCUGUCUGGUACUCGGAACUCUGUCCGAUACCCAUGGUCGUAAGACAACAUUUCUGGCUCCCAUUGUGGGUGGAGCCCUUGCCUGUUGUCUGUUUGGUGUCAGUCUAAUACGUGCUCUUCCACCGGUUCCGGAUGGUGUCUCUUGUCUCCUGAUCGGAGCCCUGGUUUACGGCUUGGCAGGGAAGAGUAACAGCUUUGGCAUGGGUGCCAAUAGCUACAUCACAGAUUGCAGCAAUGAAGAGAAGAGGACUGUCUACAUCAGUCAUCUAAUGGGAGCCAAUUUCAUCGGAUUAUGUAUUGGUUCCGGUCUUCUCUCGUUAUUCCUCUUCUUCACGGACUUUGGAUGGAUCCUUCUAUUUGUUUGUCUAACUAAUCUGGUGAUAUUUACGCUUAUUUUGGUCUUCAUACAGGAGUCUGUUAUUAUUCAGCCAGACUUAGGCGACUACGGGUCAAUCGCCUAUGCAGGAAACAACGGGGAGAACGAAGACCAAGCCAAAAGUGAUAAGCGCUUCAUUCAGAUAUUAUACUCUGCCUGUGUCACCUCCUACAAAUUUUUAGUAACGAAACGAUCCAACAAUGCUAAUGUGUACUUGCGCUGUCUGUUCGGUGCUGUCCUCUUUAACCAGAUCACCAAAGCAGGGGAACAGGAUGCAAUCAUGCUUUACGUGACGCGCACACAGGUUGGGUGGUCUGAUACCCUGUACGCUACAGGUGUCUCUCAUAAUACGUACGUGCUCUUCAUCUCGGCUGUUUUUGGUUCUUCGGCGGGAUAUAUAACAACAGGGACUCGGUCAUUGAUAAGUAAACUUGUCAAAGAAGAUGAGGUCGGCACUGGCUUUGCAUUUAUGUCCGUUUUGGAGACCUUUGCAAAUCUCUUCGGUUCUCUCCUCUUUACUUCAGUGUAUGCCAGCACGUUGUCAGUCUACCCAGGUCUAGUUUUUCUCAUGGAUGCUAUGCUGCAUGGGUGUCUCUUUUUCGUCAUGCUUUGGCUCAGUGUUAGACUACGGGCUUAUUUUGCUGUCACUAAUAGUGCCACUUAA